UUCUGAUGACGUCAUAACGUGUAGGUUAUUUGGCCACUCGGUUUUGCAGCUGGUUCUUCGCAUGGUGGUCGGUACAAAGGUGUACGACAAGCUUCGAGAGGAAUGGCUGAGGACCAGACUGAUGAACGACAUUGGGAUGAUGUCCCCACAUGCCCAAACCAGCAAGGUUGAAUCAUUCCACAACAUCCUCCUUCACUUUUGCCCCAAGUUGCUUGUAUACUCAUAUCAAGGGAUGAAGUGCAGAUUAUAUUUGGCUGUCCUACAUUGGAACGAAAAUUGUGAUAGAGCCCAGGCUGUUGAUGCCGAAGGGAACCCAGUGUACAGGUUGAAGUAUCCACGCUCGAAGGAAGGAGGCCACACAGUGGAGAGAGUGCUGACAGCUGGCACAUGUGGUUAUGUGAAAGCCCUGAUGAGAGUUGUCGUAGAACUGGUGGAAAACAGGGAGCAGCUCAGAGACAACAUGGAGGAGCUACAGCCUCAACCAGCACGGAGUGCCUCUCAUCAUCACCCCGACAAUGGAGAAGCCGUGCAAGCUUUUGAACAACAUCAUCGCUUUGGCGAUAGAAACUAGUUCUUUUGGUGAUAGAAACUAUGAUGAAUGUGUCAGCUACCUGAACAUUAACCACUGAUUGUUUUAUUUCAGUACAAGACAUGUUUUUCAUAGACCCUUAAUUAUGUUUAUGCCAGUAUAAUUAUGGAGAGUAACAUGGAAGUACUCUAUGCAAGUGAGUAGUGGAUUCCGAUUCUAUGUGAGUGUAAAGCACUAGAAACUUGUCUGUAA